AUGCCGCCCGUGAAGAGGACCAUGUCAGAUCUGCGGACGCGCUCUGAAGGAUAUGAAAAGACGGCAGACACAACAUCGGAAAAGACAUGUCUGGCUGACCAAGAAGAUGCACGGCUUAUAUACCUUAAUCAGCCGCAGUUUGUCAAGUUUUGUAACAACCGUGUCAGCACUGCCAAAUACAACGUCCUCACCUUCCUACCACGGUUUCUCUACUCUCAGUUUCGGAGAGCGGCCAAUGCCUUCUUCCUCUUCAUUGCACUGCUGCAGCAAAUUCCAGAUGUUUCUCCCACUGGUCGCUGGACAACUCUGGUCCCCCUCCUCUUUAUUCUUUUGGUGGCAGCUGUCAAAGAGAUCAUCGAAGAUCUGGUAAGAAUAAUUUAA